AUGGGUGAUCACGGGGCCACCUCUCCGCUCCAGUGGACCCUGUGUUGGAAGGCAACAGACACAGCUGAAGCUGGUGCCCCUUCUGGCCGCCAUCUGGACACAGCCCCAGCUGUCUCCGGUGACGCUGCUCUGCUACAGAGCUUCGUGGCACACCCCAACUGCCAGCAGCAGCUGCUGACGAUCUGGUAUGAGAACCUGUCGGGCCUGAGGGAGCAGACUAUCGCUGUAAAGUGCCUGGUGGUGGUGGCUGUGGCCCUGGGUCUGCCCCUGCUGGCUGUGGGUUACUGGUUCGCCCCUUGCAGUCGGCUGGGCAAUGCUUUGCGCAGCCCCUUUAUGAAGUUUGUGGCCCAUGCCGCCUCCUUCAUCAUCUUCCUGUGCCUGCUGUUGUUCAACGCAUCGGACCGCUUCGAGGGAAUCCGCACCAUGCCAAACGUGACCGUCACUGACCACCCCAUGCAGAUCUACCGGGUCAAGACCACUGAAUUCAGCUGGACUGAGAUUCUCAUCAUGGUCUGGGUCACAGGGAUGAUGUGGUCUGAGUGUAAGGAACUGUGGACUGAGGGGCCAAGGGAAUACAGCCAGCAGCUGUGGAACGUUCUGGACUUCGGCAUGCUCUCAAUCUUCAUCGCCGCUUUCACUGCCCGGUUCUUCGCCUUCCUCCAGGCCACCAGAGCCCAGCAGUACGUCAACGAAAAGAUCCACGCUACCGAUCUCUCCCUAGUGACCCUACCCCCAGAGGUCAAAUACUUCACCUACGCGAGGGACAAAUGGCUGCCGUCAGACCCCCAGCUGAUCUCAGAAGGACUAUACGCCAUCGCCGUGGUGCUGAGCUUCACACGCAUCGCUUACAUCCUGCCGGCUAACGAGAGCUUCGGACCGCUCCAGAUCUCCCUGGGCCGCACUGUCAAAGACAUCUUCAAGUUCAUGGUCCUGUUCAUCAUGGUCUUCCUGGCGUUCAUGAUUGGCAUGUUUAUCCUCUAUUCUUACUACUUGGGUGCCAAGGUCAACCCGGCAUUCACCACGGUGGAGGAGAGCUUCAAGACUCUGUUCUGGUCUAUAUUUGGGCUGUCAGAGGUGUCCUCCGUGGUGCUCAAAUACAACCACAAGUUCAUUGAGAACAUCGGCUACGUGCUCUACGGAAUCUACAACGUGACCAUGGUGGUGGUGUUGCUCAACAUGCUGAUCGCCAUGAUCAACAGCUCCUAUCAAGAGAUCGAGGAUGACGCGGACGUGGAGUGGAAGUUUGCGCGCUCCAAACUGUGGCUGUCCUACUUUGACAAUGGCAAGACGCUGCCUCCUCCCUUCAGCAUCGUUCCAACUCCCAAGUCCUUUUACCACCUCAUCAGGUGGAUAGUUGGCAUGCUGCAUUGCCGACGACGAAGCCUGAAGAAGGACGUAGAGCUGGGAAUGGACAGUUCGAAGUCCAGGCUCAAUCUCUUCACCCAGUCCAACCUGCGCAUAGCAGAGUCCCACAGUUUUAACAGCAUCCUGAACCAACCCACUCGCUAUCAGCAAAUCAUGAAAAGACUCAUAAAACGCUACGUGUUGAAAGCACAAGUGGACAAAGAAAACGACGAGGUCAAUGAAGGUGAGCUGAAAGAAAUCAAGCAGGACAUCUCCAGUCUACGGUAUGAACUCCUGGAAGACAAGUCUCGGGCUACAGAGGAGCUGUCCUUUCUUAUCCAGAAACUGAGUGAGAAACUGAAGCUAGGCCCUACAACACGCUUCUACGAGUGAACCCACCUCCACCCCACAGUACAACCAAGCAGCCAACAUCCAAGCAUUUCUCCACAUACUCCACAGCACCCCCUGGCUAGGUUGUUUUGUAAAAGUCUUCUCUUUGCAAAUCAAAUCAAAGUGUAUUUGUCACAUGAGCCAAAUACAACCUUACAGUGAAAUGCUUACUUACAAGCCCUUAACCAACAGGUUUGCAUGAAGUUAGUAUUAACAGACAAGAACAGCACAAGUGAAGGCAACAGCAAAAAGGAUUGUUGCCUCACUAUUUUGGUGUACGGAGAAGUUGCCCUGAGACUGAUCUUGUGUCAGUUAAGCAUUUUCCCACUAAUGGUUAAGAUUAGGAUUGCGAGAGGGGAAGCUGAUCCUAGAUCUGUACCCAAAUGAAACUUUACCCCAGAGCCAUUAUUUUACAUUAAGACAAAAAUGGUGUUACUGUUAUAGAUAUUUAUAUAUCAUUACUUAUUAACAUAUUUUAAGUAAAUGGUUGUUUAGUACUGGUUUUAUCUGUUUCUUUCUCUCGUUAUAGAUUUAUAACCAAGCAGUAGGAUUAUUUGACAAUAUUUCCUCAUAAAUUCUCUCAUAAGAUAAUCAAGUCAUUGAUUAAUGUCAUUAUUAUGUUUGUUCCUGAAAUCCACCUAGUUGCAAAGCACCUUUUAUUUUCUACGUAAACACUGUUCUUGUUGCUCUAGUGCUAUGGCUAUUUUGGGGUUCUUACAUUGUGUGUUUUAAAGUUGUGUCCAGCCGUGGUCCUGGAGAGUGUACAUCAGAAUACCGUAAACAGUACAAGGGGAUAUCCAAUGAUCUACAGUACAUUUGGAACGUAUUCAGAGCCCUUGACUUUUUACACAUUUUCUUACGUUACAGCCUACUUCUAAAAUUGCUGAAAUCGUUUCAGACGAUUGCUGAAAUUGUUUCAGACAAAACCCGUCAUCAAUCUACAAACAAUACCACAUAAUGACAAAGUAAUAACAGGUUUUUGGAUUUUUUGCAAAAAAACUCAUAUACAGGUAUAUAUAUUUUUUACAUACAGUACCAGUUAAAGGUAUGGACAAACCUGCUCAUUCAAGAGUUUUUCUUCAUUUUGACUAUGUUCUACAUUGUAGAAUAAUAGCGAAGACAUCAAAACUAUGAAAUAACACAUAUGGAAUCAUGUUGUAACCAAAAUAUUUUAUAUUUGAGAUUCUUCAAAGUAGCCACCCUUUGCCUUGAUGACAGCUUUGUACACUCUUGGCAUUCUCUCAACCAGCUUCACCUGGAAUGCUUUUCCAAUAGUCUUGAAGGAGUUCCCAUAUAUGCUGAGCACUUGUUGACUGCUUUUCCUUCACUCUGCAGUCCAACUCAUCCCAAACCAUCUCAAAUGGGUUGAGGUCUGGUUAAUGUGGAGGCCAGGUCAUCUGAUGCAAGACUCCAUCACUCUCCUUCUUGGUCAAAUAGCCCUUACACAGCCUGGAGGUGUUUGGUGUUGAAAACAAAUGAUAAGUCCCACUAAGCGCAAACCAGCUGUUGAGAUGUGUCUGUUACUUGAACUCUGUGAAGCAUUUAUUUAGGCUGCAAUCGGAGGUGCAGUUAACUCUAAUUCAUUUGUCCUCUGCAGCAGAGGUAACUCUGGGUCUUACAUUUACAUUUACAUUUAAGUCAUUUAGCAGACGCUCUUAUCCAGAGCGACUUAUCCUGGCGGUCCUCUUGAGAGCCAGUUUCAUCAUAGCGCUUGAUGGUUUUUGCGACGACUGCACUUGAAGAAACUUUCAAAGUUCUUUAAAGUUUCCACAAUGACUUACCUUCAUGUCUUAAAGUAAUGCUGGACUGCCAUUUCUCUUUGCUUAUUUGAGCAGUUCUUGCUAUAAUAUGGACUUGGUCUUUCACCAAAUAGGGGUGGUAUAUAGAAGAUAGCCCUAUCUUGUCACAACACAACUGAUUAGCUCAAAUGCAUUAAGAAAAAAAAUCCACAAAUUAACUUUUUACAAGGUACAUCUGUUAAUUGAAAUGCAUUCCAGGUGACUACAUCAUGAAGCUGUUUGAGAGAAUGCCAAGAGUGUGCAAAGCUGUCAUCAAGGCAAAGGAUGGCUACUUUGAAGAAUAAAAUAUUUGUUUAACAAUUUUUUGGUACCUACAUGAUUGCAUAUGUGUUAUUUUAUAGUUUUGAUGUAUUCACCAUUAUUCUACAAUGUAGAAAAGGUAACAAUAAAGAAAAAUGCUGGAAUACGUAGGUGUGUCCAAACUUUUGACUGGUACUGUAAGUGUUCACACCCUUUGCUAUGAGACUCGACAUUGAGCUCAGGUGCAUCCUGUUUCCAUUGAACAUUCAUGGUAUGUUUCUACAACUUGAUUGGAGUCCACCUGUGGUAAAUUCAAUUGAUUGGUCAUGAUCUGGAAAGGCACACACCUGUCUAUAUAAGGUCCCACAGUUGACAGUGCAUGUCAGAGCAAAAAGGUUGAAGGUCGAAGGAAUAGUCUGUAAAGAAGUUUGGAACCACUAAGGCUCUUCCUAGAGCUGGCUCCCGGGCCAAACUGAGCAAUCGGGGGAGAAGGGCCGUGGUGAGGGAUGUGACCAAGAACCUGAUGGGUUCCUCUGUGGAGAUGGGAUAACCUUCCAGAAGGACAACCAUUUCUGCAGCACUCCACCAAUCAGGCCUUAAAGGUAAAGUGGCCAGACGGAAGCCACUCCUCAGUAAAUGGCACAUGACAGCCUGCUUGGUGUUUGACAAAAGGCACCUAAAGACUCUCAGACCAUGUGAAACAAGAUUCUCUGGCCUGAUGAAACCAAGAUUGAGUACUUUGGCCUGACUGCCAAGUGUCACGUCUGGAGGAAACCUGGCACCAUCCCUACGGUGAAGCAUGGUGGUGGCAGCAUCAUGCUGUGGGGAUGUUUUUCAGUGGCAGGGACUGGCAGACCAGUCAGGAUUGAAGGAAAGAUGGAGCAAAGUACAGAGAUAUCCUUGAUGAAAACCUGCUCCAGAGUGCUCAGGAUCUCAGACUGGGGCGAAGGUUCACCAUCCAACAGGACAAUGACCCUAAGCACACAGCCAAAACAACACAGGAGUGGCUUCAGAACAGGAGUGGCUUCCAGCCAGAGCCCGGACUUGAACCCGAUCGAACAUCUCUAGAGAGACCUGAAAACGGCUGUUCAGCGAUGCUCCCCAUCCAACCUGACAGAGCUUGAGAGGAUCUCCAGAGGAUAAUGGGAGAAACUCCCCAAAUAUAGGUGUGCCAAGCUUGUAGUGUCAUACCAAACAAGGCAUGAGGCUGUAAUCGCUGCCAAAGGUGCUUCAACAUAGUACUGAGUAAAGGGUCUGAAUACUUAUGUAAAUGUUAUAUUUCAGUUUUUUUGCGAAAGUUUCUAAAAACAUGUUUUUGCUUUGUCAUUAUUGUGUAGAUUGAUGAGGGGGAUUAACUUUCAUCCAUUUUAGAAUAAGGCUAUAACGUAACAAAAUGAGGAAAAAGUCAAGAGGUCUCAAAACUUUCCAAAUACACAGUAUAUAAACUCUGGAUUGCUGAUGAUAAGAGACUUUGAAGCCACCAUUCAGCCAUAUUGGUACUCCCCAGUAGAAGCAGUCCUCCAGAGGAAUGAAUGGAAUGCUACAGUAUUUCAAAUAAGUGUUUCAAGGACAAAAUUACAUGCAUUUAAGUCUUCUUUUGUUGUAGUGGGGACAGUAACAUUUAAAAAAAUAUAUAUAUAUAUUUUUAUUUGUUUAUUUAUUUUUAGCUCACAUAUUAUAAUUUGAAAGCAUGCAUUAAGAAUAAACGUGGCAAAAACAAAUGUAGACAUUAAUAAAUGCAUUUCUAUACCUUCCAAAAUAUUUGUUACAAUGGUGGGGGAUUGCCAAGAUGGAGUCAUUGGACAUAACAUAAAGCCUGCAACACUUUCAUAAGAUGUACAUUAAGAUUCAGAAAUGCUUAUGGCAACAACCACAGUGUUGUCAUUGCGUACUAUCCCUACUAGGUACUGUUUUAGGCGUGUAAUUAGAGCAUACCCUUUCAAAAAAGUACAACUAUGUACCUGAACUCAAUGUAAGCAUUUGUAAUAGAUCGUUAAGAACAAAGUAAUUCUAACAUGAUCAAAGAUCAUGUAACAGCGAUCUGACAUUAUCAAAGAUCAUGUAACAGCCAUGUAAUGUUAUCAAAGGGUUAUACAGUAGUUGUCAUUCCAUCCUAGAUGGGACUUGGUUAAGCAUUCCUCUCAGGUCAAAUGUGAUGAAUUCUAUAUAACACAUUCUUAUAUUCUAUGAUAUAACACAUACUUUUAUGUGGGUCUCAUCAUUUCUUUUAAAUGACACAUCCUGCAUUUAUGCCAAAUGCACCAUACAAGGCUAUGUCCAAUACAUUGCCAACUCAUUGAUAGAGGUGCUUGUGUGGGUAAACCUAUUUUCUCUGUGUAGCCCUGAUGUGAAACUGUGGAUAGAAAGUGGAAAAUUGCCUCUUCGGGACCAGAUUUGGUUUACACUUAAGCAUUUAUUGGUAUAAUAAACAGCUUUAGAUUUCCUUAAUGAUCUAUGCAGGAUAUACCAUUCCUUUCGUCUGAUAUCUAUAUUGUAAUUAUACUAGGGAACAGAAACAUGCAUUUGAUUUAUAUAUUGUAUUUCAUAGGAUGUUCUUAGACACUGUAAAUAAAGUUUAUUCUAGCUCAAUAACUAACAUUUCAGUCAUGGUGGAAUUUUCUCUUUUUAAUUAUCUAUUUUUGAGUAGAACAGAAAUAAUUGAAAGCGAAUGUUUGUAUGCAUAUGAAAAUCGAUAGCUGCUGUGUAAUAAAAAAGGCUUGAGAUAAGCAAUGGAAACCUCAUACAAUAUAUCUCAUAACACAAUAUGUAAUAUUAUCAGAGACCUCUCCACUCAUUUUGGAUAGACGCACCAACUAUUUCUUGGGGACAAGCUUACAUCAUCAUUUUUUUGUUACAAUAGGAUAUUCUUCACAUUUAAGCUAUGUAUUUUCAUAUACCCAUAUAUAUGAUUUUAUUUUGAUGGCUAUAAUUACAUAAUUGUAUAUUGAGAUGAUCUAGAAACUAUACGGUGAUGCAUAUUUUUAACCUGUUUUCUAUAUAAAAUAACUUUG